AUGGACCCGAUAACAGUCAUCCGUUCUUUUACUUGGGUGGAAGCAGUCAUCCUUACUCUUGCUUGGUUGGGUAAGAACUCGAGCAGUACUUCUGCGGUCUGGAAGUUUGAAUGCACCGAAAAGCUCUGCCUACAGAUCGUUCAAGAGAUCCAGAACAACCUCGACCUGUUUCCAGAUUUCAGAGAUCAGGUCAGCUUUCUGAUCCAGAGCAUUCCCCAUGAGAGUUUCGGUGUCCUUCACAUUACCUUCCACCUUCGGACACAAGAGCAAGUAAACAACGGCAACUAUACCGUUGGCCAUAUCUUUGUGAAGUUGCAGAACGGGGUCUAUGUACUGGCAACAGGCGACCUUAGUCAAGAUGUCAAAUUGAACAGCUCCGCAACGAACCGAACGGUUUCCACACUUCUCGGAUCAGAUCAAUGUUCUGAUCCAGAAGACCGUUUCCCAGGGAGACGACAACAUAUAUACAUCUAUAUUGCUUCGGUGGAGGAGCCCACAUCGACGAGCUGGAAGUUUGAUGCCAUUUUCCAGCUCUGCGAGGAGAUAGCGGACCGUAUCCGGAACGAGAUUGACCAGUUUCCCGGCUACGAGUACCAGAUCAACUUUCUGAUCCGGACUCUUCCACAUACGAGUGGGGAGGAGCCUCUUCACGCUACCGUCCAUUUCCAGACAAAAGACCAAGCGGAUAAUGGCAAUUAUGUCGUUGGCCACGUCAAUGUGAAGGAGCAGAACCGCGCCUACGAACUGGCAACGGGCGAUCUUAGCCAGGAUCUGAAAUGGUGGCCAGAAACAGUCCUCAAUUACGAAGAAGAACAGCAAAAGAAGGACGCGGACAAAGCAGCGGGAAUAAGAAAAGUGGCCUAA